UUUCGGUGAGGAGAGGGGAAGGGCCGAGCGGGAGUGAACAACAUCGGCUUCUCUGAGUCCUCCGACAUUAAUUUAUCGUUGUCCUCACCCUCAUUCGUACAAGAGAUUAUCUGUGAAGUUUUCCUUGGAGGAACUCUGCAGGAGUUUUUGGGAAUUUUCGCAGGAAACGCGGUUUUAUCUCCAGCUGCUGGUUCACAGGCAGACGAGGACAGACCUCUCCAACUUCCUGGUUCGCCGCAGCCAGGAUGUCGGUCACCCCUCGACGUGUCCGUCUGAAGCCCUGGCUGGUCGCGCAGGUGGACAGCGGCAGGUACCCGGGGCUGGUGUGGAUUGACCGCGAGGCCAUGCGCUUCAGGAUCCCGUGGAAACACGCCACACGACACACGCCCCAGCACGAGGACGAGGACACCAUAUUUAAGGCGUGGGCUGUGGAGACCGGGAAGUUCCAGGAGGGAGUUGAUGAACCUGAUCCUGCUAAGUGGAAAGCUCAGCUCCGAUGUGCGCUGAACAAAAGCAGAGAAUUCAACCUGGUCUACGAUGGCACCAAAGAGGUCCCCAUGAAUCCUUUGAAGAUUUAUGAUGUGUGUGACAUCCCACAGCCCCUAAGUAAUCAGGGCUCCUCGGACGCUGGUUCUUGGACUCCAGGUGAGGAAGAUGGGGGUGAGGAAGACCUUCCAAAUACACCAGAGUCUCUCCCUCCGUACCCAUCCAAUGGCACCAGUCCGUCUCCUCUCAUCAUGUGGUCCCCAAUGAGCUCAGACUCCCCCAUGCAGCCUUCCAGUUGCCCCCCUUCAAAUGAGGUCUGGCCCAAAGAGGAGCCUGUUAAAACCUGGCUGAAAGAGGAGCCCGUGGAUGUGGAGAUGCAGCCCACAGCCCUUGUUGACAUGCCUCCUGCUCCUCUGCCCGAUCCCACAAUGCAGCCCCCACCUCUGCCCGACGCCUUGUUUGCAUCUCCAGAAACAUGGAUCAGUUCCCUCCCAAUGACAGACCUGGAGGUGCAGUUCCUGUACAGAGGGAAGGAGAUGUGUCCCACAGCGAACAUCAGUAACCCACACGGCUGCAGGCUGUUCUACGGGGACCUUGGCCCCAUGGUCAACCAGGAGGAGCUGUUCGGGCCGGUGAACCUGGAACAGCUACGCUUUCCAACCACAGAGCACAUCACCAACGACAAGCAGAGAGUUUUCACUAACCGCCUGUUGGACGUGAUGGACAGAGGCCUAAUCCUGGAGGUCAGCGGCCAUGAUAUCUACGCGGUGCGUCUCUGCCAGUGUAAGGUGUACUGGUCUGGUCCCUGUGCUCCAAAUCCAGCUGCUCCAAAUCUUAUAGAGCGCCAGAGGAAGGUCAAACUCUUUUGCCUGGAGUCUUUUCUCAGUGGAGUGAUAGCCCACCAGCGCGGCCAGACACCAAUCCCUCCACAGUUUGAAAUCAGCUUGUGUUUUGGAGAGGAGUGGCCUGAUGGGAGGCCCAGAGAGAGGAAACUCAUCAUGGUUCAGAUCAUUCCAGUGGUGGCCCGAAUGAUCAGCGAGAUGUUCUCUGGAGACAACACAAGGUCCUUCGACAGCGGCAGCGUCCGCCUGCAGAUCUCAAUCCCAGAUAUCAAAGACAACAUAGUGACCCACCUAAAGCAGCUGUACUGCCUGCUGCAGACCCACCAGGGCCAGGACGGCUGGACGCUGCCCCCCGGCCCAGGCCUCAACAUCGUCCAGGCUCUGCAGGCACAGUGAAGCAGCCCACACUGUGAACUACAUAUCAUUUAUCUUUAUGUGCUACUGAGAGUUACCUACUGUUAGCAAAGAAGUACUUAUGUGUAAUCAUAUUUAGAAAUUUGCACACUAUACUGUAGGAUUUUCAAUGCUCGUGAUGUGCUGUGUCAAAGCUUUUCUGUAUAUAGUAGUAGUGCCUUCAAGCUUGCCUCACUCUGUUGUGUGCGCAGGAGCCGGAUGUGACUGCAUGGGCCAAAGUCCUGUUUGCUGCAGGGGAACAUUUAACAUAGUUAAUGAGUUACAGAAAUCGCCCCGUGCCUUAUUUAUCCAAAAUCGGUCAGAGAUUACCAAACUUUCCUGGAGUCAAACAGCACAGAGAACCUUUUAGCUUUUGACCUUGUAUAAAAUGUUUUGAAGCAACACAUUCAGCAUGAGAUUUGUGUAUGUUGGAUGAAAUGAGCAAAUAUGAAUUUAAAUACAGAUGAGUUUUUUCCAUUCAGUCAUAACUAAACAGUUGUCUGAAAUCUAUUUACCCUGUCAGCACAUGUAAUCAGGUGCAGUAUCCGUUUUCUGGUCACCUGCAGUUUUGUCUUCAGCUGUUUUAUUCUUCAACUUAUAUUGUAGAGUAUUUUUGUAUUCAUAUCUUUGAUUUUUAAGCCAUUUAUUGUAUCCAGGCAGCCAUUUAACUAAACAACAUUCAGCUAUAUGGAUCUGUUUUAAUAUGGACACCACUGCACUUUGGGGUGCGGCGUUAUGUUUUAUGUCUAGUUGAAUUCAUCCUGUGAUCGUAUGUUUAUUUUAUCAAUAAAAAAAUGCCAAAAUAAA